AUGGGCAUCGCGGGUCAAAAGCGGCAACUGAGAUCCUUCCCUUUUCCAGCCAUGGCUCGGCCGGCGCUUUGCCUUCUUGCACAGUUGGCUGUACUGGCUAUUGGAUCCAAGCCGAACUUGGUACUGAUAUUGCUUGAUGACCAAGAUCAGGUCCUAGGGGGCAUGGACCCAUACCCUAAUAUCCAGCGCCUUCUGGGUAAAGGUGGGACAAACUUCACAAAUUUCUUCGUUAAUACACCUGUUUGCUGUCCCUCACGAGCAGAGUUGAUGGGAGGCCGUUACGGGCACAAUAACUUAGUCGGAGAUCUUCGAUCUUCCGGGGGUUCUACAGGGUGCAUGUGGGCAAACGUCACCGGGUCGUACUUCGUCCACAACCAGCUCGGUAGCUACCUGUCCAAGCUCGGGUACACGAAUGGCUUGUUUGGAAAGUACAUGAACUCUCCCGCAUGCUCUUGCCCGGUGGAGGCAGGCUGCAGCAAACUGCCCAAGGGUGACCAGGCUGUGCCACCCGGGUGGGACAGAUGGUUCGCACUUUGCAAGAUGGGGAAGUACUUCAGUAACAGUUAUAACGAUGAUGGUCAGGAGGUGUCCACGGGAGAUGCACCACAGGACUACAUGACUUCCGUCAUUGGAAACAGGACCAUUGAAUGGCUGCACGAGGUUGCCGGAGCUGGACGUCCGUUCUUUGCAUACGUCGCACCCCACGCGCCUCACAUCGCAGAUAAACAGUUUCCGUACAUCACACAGGCUGCUCCGUGGCACGCCGGUGCUGCUGGCCAUGCAAAGGCACCCAGAACUCCUAACUGGAACGUUCCAAAUCCAGGAGCGCAUCCCGUGAUUUCCAGCCAGCCGAAAAUGGACGACCUGACGGUGAAUUGGAGCGAUUCCUUGUAUCGCUCUCGCGUGGAGUCCAUGAUGAGCGUGGACGACCUGGUGGCAGAAGUGUUCCAUGUUCUUGGCAGCAAGGGUGUUCUCGACAACACAGUUGUCCUUCUCACGUCAGACCAUGGAUAUGCGCUAGGUCAGCAGGCAAGGCCGAGUGGGAAGUUCAAUGUCUAUGAAAACGACAUUCGUGUGCCUAUGCUCUUGCGAGGUCCCGGAAUUCAGCACGGGGCCCGCGUAGAUGCUGUCUCUGGCAUCGUUGACAUUGCUCCCACAUUGGUGGAGCUCGCUGGGGGGGAUCCCGACAUUAUGGAGCUGGAUGGACGGUCGCUGGUGCCUCUUUUGGGCAACAGCUCGCCGGCAAAAUGGCGCAAGUUGUACCCUAUUGAGUACUGGAGCUUGGGAAAUGUUGAUCGUGGCUUUCCACAAAGUCCACAGUGUAACCCCAGCGAGGGCGCAGACUGCAAGAAGAGUUGGUGCACCUGCCACUACCACCGUGUCGAUGGUGAGAACAACACCUACUUGGCCGCUAGAUACAUCGCUGAAGACGGGGACUUCCUUCUCGCAAACUUCUAUGCUGACAGGACACCUUCAGGUGACUUGCCUCGCAUGUUCCAUGAGCUGAACCCGGUCUUCACUGAGUUCUACGAUCUGAAAGCGGAUCCAUGGCAGAUGAACAACCUGUACCCGCAGGUGGAAGCCGAGCGCCCGUCACUCCUGCGCCGUCUUCGACGGGAUGCCACACACCCCUUCCGGAGCAUCAUUGAUGUCUUGUACUUCGCCGCCAUGGGGCCCCCAGGUGGUGGCCGCAACUUCAUCACACCUCGGAUCAUCGGGCACAUGUACCUUGUUGGCUUUCCACUGCUGGACGAUGACAAUAUGAUGCAGAUCUUCAACACCAUUCUGGAGUGGAAGUUCCGGACGGACAACUACCCCGCUGAUGUGGCCGGGCUCAGCAAGAAGAUGGUCCAAGCCACCCUAGAGAUCUACAAGAACACGUCCAACGAGCUCCGCCCAACCCCGAUGAAGGUGCACUACACCUUCAACUUGCGCGACUUCUCAAAGGUCAUUUCUGGCGUCCUCCUCCUGAAGAAGAACGAGUGCGAAGGCAUACGCCUGUUUGGGCUCGGGCUUUAA